AUGGUUGAACCGGCGGGAGGACGGAUUAUAAUAGAUGGAAUUGAUAUUGCUCAGCUGGGACUUCACGACUUGCGCAGCCAUUUGACUAUCAUUCCACAGGAUCCAGUACUCUUCUCUGGGAGCUUGCGCUUCAACUUGGAUCCAUUCCAAAGUCAUAGCGACACUGAAAUCUGGCAUGCAUUAGAAUUGGCGAAUCUGAAACCUUUCGCGCAGGCGCAACCAUCGAAGUUAGAUCAUGAAAUCACCGAAGGAGGAGAAAACAUAAGUGUUGGGCAACGGCAACUGGUAUGUCUAGCGCGUGCAUUGCUACGGAAAACACGGGUUCUUAUCCUAGACGAGGCUACUGCUGCUGUAGAUAUGGUUACAGAUUCUCUCAUCCAACGCACCAUACGGAGGGAAUUCUCACAGAGCACUGUUCUUACAAUAGCUCAUCGACUUAACACUAUCAUGGACUAUGACAGGAUCAUAGUACUGCAUGAUGGCCGAAUAUGCGAGUUCGAUAGCCCAUCUAGAUUACUCAACAACAAGAUGUCUGAAUUUUACUCAAUGGCCAAAAAAGCAGGAAUUGUACAGUAA